AUGAAGAAGAACAAGAACUCAGGUUUCGAAACAGAAUGCAGCAAAAUGAUCUCUAUCCCAACCAUCAUGCAUCUAAGGAAACCCUUAGAGAUUCUGAAAUCUGCUGUGAAAAUCAUUACAAGUAACACUAAAUUCAUGCUCAUAUUAUUUUUGUCUAUUUUACCUUUGUUUGUUUUCAUGGUUUUUUAUGAGAUCAAAAUCUCAGAAGAAAUGGACUCUAUAUCAAAUUUUCUUAAACCACUACCAUCUUCCUUCGAUUACAACUAUGUUUUCACAAAACUUGAUGCAACAGAUAAACCAGCAACUCUGAGUUUUAAAGAAAUGCUUUAUCCCCUCAAAAUAGACUUAAAGGGUGCUUUCGUUACAUAUAUUUGUGUUCAUUUGAUGUUGACUAUGACUUUAUUAGGCAUUUUAUGGGCCGUUUCAAAUCACUUUCUUGUGUUAAGCAGUUCCAAUUAUUUCGAUUUUAUAAACUCAGGGUUGAAUUUACCUAUACUGUCUAUAACAGUUCAUUCAGUGAUAUUCUUUGGUUUGCUGUAUAAGUACUUAGAGUGGAGUGCAUUAUGGAACAUGAGUAUGGUGAUUUCUGUCAUGGGAGAACAAACUGGGAUCGCGGCAUUUGGAAUGUCAAAUUACUAUGGCAAGCAUUGCAAGAAAAUCGGGUUCCAACUGAUGCCCGGAUUCUUCGUGUUUGGUCAUGUCCUGAGGCUUCUCUGUUUGUAUGCCAGAUCAUAUGAUGAAAAUCUUGCUGAUCUUUGGAUCACUUGUAUAGUUAUAGUGUUGGUUUUAGUGGGGAAUUUAGUGAAGUGGGUUGCAUUUUUGCUAUAUUAUUAUUAUUGCAAGCAACAAAUUAUGGGAAAGAAGGUUGAUGAUCAUAAUAAGCUAGAGAAAUCAGUAAAUGCCGCUGAUUUACCUUAA